AAUUUGCCAAUAACAACAACAAAAAAUUGUUUCUUUUGCAAAACAUAAAUUUUUGGCGCCCUAUUUUUGCGAAAUUAAAUGAAUCGAGGACGAAAAUUCAAAAGUCUACUUGCUAUACGCCUGGGCGAUAUACUAUACGAUGAGCAUCGACGCCUGAUAAUGCUCUGCCGGAGUUGCAGUGGCCACUUUAUUACAUUCAAGACCUAUGAACAACAUUUGGAUAAUUGUCCUGGGGUAAAACAUAUUCUAACGCCCUCAGAUCAGCUGUGCUACGAUGAGGCUAACCGAGAAACAAGACUAAUUAAAGGCAGCCAAGAGCUGCAAAUCUAUGACAUUGAUGCAGUAAAAAAUAUAAGUUUUAGUAAUAUAUCGGAUGACAUUGACUGGCAGGCUGAGUUGGAGGAUCCUCGAUGGUAUACAGACGAAGAGCCGCCACAGACCAAACAGACAACCAACAAAAAUGGAGUCAAAAACUACAAACGAGCUCUGGAAGACAAAAAAGAAAUUCAAAAUAUACCCAAAGCCAAGGAUAAAAACUUACCAGAUCGUGCCCCGCCACCGAAGCGAUCAAAACUCUUCACCAGCGCAACCAAGCCAAGCAAGGCGAAAAGAAAUCCAGAUCAGGUCAUUGUGGUGCCCAAUCUCAAAGAAGAUCUCCAGCGUGUUAACAGUAGUGAAAAAAUUGCGUUUUCAGCUAUUAAAAAAACAACGCUACAAAAAGGUUCGAUAUCAACAAUUUCGUCCGCACCCACAAUAAUUGCCAAACCCGCACCGAAAGCCGACGCCCCAACAUCCCCACCCACUGACGGUACACAACAAAUCCUUAACAAACUGUUUGCCUGCGGCGUUCAGGUUAAACGUGGAAAUACCCAGUUAAAUAGUCAACCCACAGCGGAGGCAAAAAACGGCGUGAAGAACCAACAAACUCUCGAUAUAAUGCGUAAAUUACAAUCCAAAGGUAUAAAAUGCACCAAAGUCAAUAAGUAAUAAUCCUUAAAUGUUAUAUAGAUGAACCUCUCACAUUUACAGUGAAAAGUAUUCUGAAAAGUGUUAAUGUCAAAAAUAUAAUUUGUUUUUAAAUUGU